AUGAAGUUUCUUAUAUUGGCCCUGGCCACUGUGUUCUUCCCCGGGGCCUUCGCCGACCCUGGAAAACUUGACUUGAAACCACUCGGAUUUCCCCUUUGGGGAAAACAUGGCGAAGGUGACCCAACUGACCCGCAGGAGUUAAUGCCCGGUCUUCCUGAUCUUGAAGGACUUCCAGCACAUCAUCUCAUGCACGCACUUAAGUUACACUCUCCUCCACCAGUACCAGCGGGACCAGCUCCACUAGGACCAUCACCAGUUUAA